CCUUACGGAAACGAUGAAAUUAUGAAACGCUUUCUAUUGGUGGUAGCAAAGUAAAGAAAGCGGCAGUAUAUCUCUCCGGCUCCAAUGCAAAUGUAAAUGUAACAAUCCGCAGAGCAGCAAGAUGAGCAGCAUCAACAACAACAGCGUCGACGACGACCACCACAUCAACAACAUCGCCGACAAUGCCCUCAGACGACAACACCCCCGAGAUCUCGACCACACCUCCGACUACCUCCCUUCCCCGCAGCCUCAGCCUCAGGCGCGCCGGCCCCGCGGCUUUGCGGCCACGGCGGCGGCGGCCACUACGGGGCCCAGCGCAGGGGCAAAGGGGAAGAAGGAGAGGGAGAAGGAGAAGGAGCGGACGAAGCUGAGGGAGCGCCACCGCCGAGCCAUCACCAGCCGGAUGCUCGCCGGGCUCAGGCAAUACGGUAAUUUCCCUCUUCCCGCGCGUGCGGAUAUGAACGAUGUACUUGCCGCCCUCGCGCGUGAGGCGGGCUGGGUCGUCGAGACUGACGGGACCACCUACAGACAGUCGCCCCCUCCUUCACAUUUGGCGGCAUUUCCUGUGAGGUCGGUUGAAAGCCCACUAUCUGCUAGUUCUUUGAGAAAUUGCUCUGUCAAAGCAACGAUGGACUGUCAGCCAUCAGUUCUCAGAAUUGAUGAGAGCUUGUCACCAGCGUCUCUUGAUUCUGUUGUAAUUGCAGAGAGGGACACUAAGAGUGAGAAAUAUACUAGUGUCAGCCCCAUCAAUUCAGUUGAAUGCCUGGAGGCUGAUCAGCUUAUGCAAGAUAUUCGUUCUGGGGAGCAUGAGAGUGAUUUUACUGGCACUCCAAAGAUCCCUGUUUAUGUAAAAAUUUCAACUGGUGUUAUAAACAAUUUCUGCCAGUUGAUUGAUCCUGAAGGUGUUAGACAAGAGGUUAAUCAUUUGAAGUCUCUAAACGUAGAUGGCGUUGUAGUAGAUUGUUGGUGGGGUAUUAUUGAAGGCUGGUCUCCACAGAAAUACAUGUGGUCUGGCUAUAGGGAACUUUUUGGCAUUGUUCGAGAAUUCAAGCUGAAGUUGCAGGUUGUAAUGGCAUUUCACGAGUAUGGAGGAAAUGACUCUGGGGACACAUUGAUUACCCUCCCACAAUGGGUUAUGGAAAUUGGAAAAGAAAAUGGAGAUAUAUUCUUCACAGAUCGUGAAGGAAGGAGAAAUACUGAAUGUCUAUCUUGGGGUAUUGAUAAAGAACGAGUUCUAAAAGGAAGAACUGGCAUUGAGGUCUAUUUUGAUUUCAUGAGAAGCUUCCGGACCGAGUUUGAUGACUUGUUUGCAGAGGGUCUCAUUUCUGCUGUAGAAAUUGGACUUGGAGCAUCUGGGGAACUGAAGUAUCCAUCCUUUUCGGAAAGGAUGGGCUGGAGGUAUCCUGGUAUCGGUGAGUUUCAGUGCUAUGAUAAAUAUUUACAACAAAGUCUGUGCAGAGCAGCUAAAUUGCGAGGGCACUCAUUUUGGGGUAAGGGUCCUGAUAAUGCCGGUGAAUACAAUUCUAGGCCAAAUGAAACUGGGUUCUUUUGUGAACGAGGUGAUUACGAUAGCUACUAUGGCCGCUUUUUCCUCCAUUGGUAUGCGCAGUCACUAAUAGAUCAUGCAGAUAAUGUUUUGUCUCUUGCAACCCUUGCAUUUGAGGAAACUAAAAUAAUUGUUAAGGUUCCUGCAGUUCAUUGGUGGUAUAAGACUACUAGUCAUGCAGCAGAGUUAACGGCGGGUUUCUAUAACCCUACGAAUCAAGAUGGAUACUCCCCAGUUUUUGAGGUUCUGAGAAAGCAUUCAGUGAUGUUGAAGUUUGUUUGCUUGAGAUUUCACGUUUCUGGUCAGGAAUAUGAUGAAGCAUUGGCUGACCCAGAAGGUUUGAGUUGGCAGGUUUUAAACUCUGCCUGGGAUCGAGGAUUGACUGUGGCUGGUGAGAAUGCACUUCCAUGUUAUGAUAGAGAAGGGUACAUGAGCAUGGUUGAGAUGGCCAAGCCCAGAAAUGAUCCUGAUCGCCGCCACUUUUCAUUCUUUGUGUAUCAACAGCUAAUCCCUUUGGGUCAGGGAACAAUUUGCUUCCCAGAGUUGGAUUACUUCAUCAAAUCCAUGCAUGGUGAGAUAGCAUGUGAUCUGGUACCCUGAUAAGGUGUGUAUCUUGUUCUUUUAUGAAGGAUAUUAAGAAAACAUGUGCUGGUUUCAACUGAAGGCCAUUUAAGCAAGUGACAUGAAAGCUAGGGAUUUUAUGGGGGCUAAAAGCACCUAUGCAGCUUAAUAAGCUAAUUACUUCAACGUCUUAGGUUAAGUUAUUUUGUUGACUUGUGGUUACUGUAUUCCAUAUUGUAAUUUAAUCGAUGUUAUGUCUGCUUGGUGAAGCUAGGGCAGAGGUAAAUAGGUGUUUCAAAAGUCUAAAUGUUCAGUAAUUGGGGAGAUUGUAUAUUGUGUUAAUUAGCAUGGGUAGUUUUAUGUAGACAUGAGGAGCCACAAUGAGGAAGGCAUAGGUUGAAUAAUUCCUAGUUGAUGAUGUAUUAGCUCUUGAAGAAGCAAACUAAUGAUUUAUGUGUAAGGUGUAAUUUCUAUGUUCUUUGGGCAUAAGGAAUGCAUCCACCAACUCUUCUUUAUUCAUGUGUACUUGAAAGAAAAAAAAGAAAA